AGUAUGAAUGCUCUAAGUACCGGUAUCAAUCCAUAUCUCAAGAAAUAAAAGCAAGAUCGCCACCUCUUUCUUAACACCUCAAUCCACAUCUUCGAUCUUCACGUACUUCCUACGGUACAACACCCUCCAUUUCCCCAAAUCAUUUCAAUUUCUUCUUCUUCUUCUUUACACAAUUCUAACAAAACUUCCCGUCUUUACAGCCUUAAUUCCCGUUCACCCAUCAAAAUGUCAGCAACCCACAACACCCCCAAUCCCCCCAAACCAUUCCGGAUCUUCAUCGGUUACGACACACGUGAACACAUCGCAUACGAAGUAUGCCGAUACUCCAUCCUAAAACGAUCCACUAUCCCCGUCGAAAUCAUCCCAAUAAAACAAUCCGAAUUACGUAACAACAACCACUUUUGGCGCGAACGAAACAAGCUAGAGAGCACUGAAUUCUCAUUCACACGUUUCCUAACGCCAUUUCUAGCGAAUUACCAAGGGUGGGCAUUGUUUGUAGAUUGUGAUUUUUUAUACCUUGGUGACGUAAAAGAAUUGCAUGAUGUUAUUGACGACAAGUAUGCGUUAAUGUGUGUGAAACAUGAGUAUGUUCCUACCGAAACAACCAAGAUGGAUGGGGCGGUUCAGACGGUUUACCCGCGAAAGAAUUGGUCGUCGAUGGUGUUGUAUAAUUGUGGGCAUGUGAAGAAUAGGGUUUUGACGCCUGAGGUGGUGAAUAGUGAGUCGGGUGCGUAUUUGCACCGGUUUAUGUGGUUGGAGGAUGAGGAGAUCGGGGCGGUUCCGUUUGUUUGGAACUUUUUGGUUGGGCAUAAUAAGGUUGUGGAGGGGGAUGAGACGACGUGCCCCAAAGCGAUACAUUUUACGUCGGGUGGGCCGUGGUUUGAGGCGUGGAGAGAUUGCGAGUUUGGGGAGGUGUGGGUGAGGGAGAUGGAGGAGUAUGAGAAGGUUAAGGAGAAAGAGAAGAAAGUUGGAGAUUGUUGUAAAUAAUAUGUUUGAUGAUAUGGUUGAAAGAAUUGGUGGUGUUGAGUUUGGGUUGGUUUGGGGUUGAAUUAGGGUACAAUAAGUUGGUGGUUUUAGGGUAAUUGUUUGGGUUUAAUUGUUGGUUUUGAUUUUGUGAAUGUGUUGUAAUAGCAAGUUCAUUGGUGGAGUAUUGUAAGUUUGUAACAACAUUAGCUUUCUUUUUUUGUAUAUGUUUGGAUUCCUUAUAAGUAAUUUUGAUUUUCUGCACUUA